GAUUUUACUUGGUCAUCCUACAAUAUUUGCUAAGUCUUCCAAAAAAUUUGUUAAGCCUCUAAGAAAAUUGUUAACACUAUUUAUAAUUGACAAUCUCAUGGUCGUUUUUGGGAGUAAAUCGAUACUCUUAAUUUACAAUUAUUUCCUUUAUCAGCUUUUCCUUUUAUAGUUUAUACAUAUGCUCUUAAAAAUUAUCAUUGAGUAUAAACAUCAAAAUUUAUAAUAAACAUAUUUUAAGAAAUUAAAAUUCUCUUAUUCUCAGUAGAAAGGUAAUAUAAAAUGGCAGAAAGCGAGGAUAUUCAACCUCUUGUCUGUGAUAAUGGAACUGGAAUGGUGAAGGCUGGUUUUGCUGGUGAUGAUGCUCCAAGAGCUGUAUUUCCUAGUAUUGUUGGUCGCCCUCGACACACAGGUGUGAUGGUUGGUAUGGGCCAAAAGGAUGCAUAUGUAGGAGAUGAGGCUCAAUCUAAGAGAGGUAUUUUGACUCUAAAGUAUCCAAUUGAGCAUGGUAUUGUGAACAAUUGGGAUGAUAUGGAAAAGAUUUGGCAUCACACUUUCUACAAUGAGCUUCGUGUUGCCCCAGAGGAGCAUCCAAUUCUCCUUACAGAAGCACCACUGAAUCCUAAGGCCAAUCGUGAGAAGAUGACUCAAAUUAUGUUUGAGACAUUCAAUACUCCAGCUAUGUAUGUAGCUAUCCAAGCGGUCCUUUCACUUUAUGCAAGUGGUCGUACAACUGGUAUUGUUCUUGAUUCGGGUGAUGGUGUGAGUCACACAGUUCCCAUCUAUGAGGGUUAUGCCCUUCCACAUGCCAUCCUGCGUUUGGAUCUUGCAGGCCGUGAUCUCACAGAUGCCUUCAUGAAAAUUUUAACCGAACGCGGUUACUCUUUCACAACUACAGCAGAGCGAGAAAUAGUGAGGGACAUGAAGGAGAAACUUGCCUUUAUUGCUCUUGAUUAUGAGCAGGAGCUAGAGACAUCAAAGACCAGCUCAUCUGUUGAGAAGAGUUAUGAGUUGCCUGAUGGCCAGGUGAUCACCAUUGGCGCUGAACGAUUUCGGUGCCCUGAAGUUCUCUUCCAGCCCUCCAUGAUUGGAAUGGAAGCUGCUGGUAUUCAUGAAACCACAUACAACUCUAUCAUGAAGUGUGAUGUGGAUAUUAGGAAGGACCUCUAUGGCAACAUCGUCCUUAGUGGUGGUUCAACCAUGUUCCCUGGCAUUGCUGAUCGAAUGAGUAAGGAGAUUACAGCUUUGGCUCCAAGCAGCAUGAAAAUUAAAGUUGUUGCUCCACCAGAAAGAAAGUACAGUGUUUGGAUUGGAGGUUCCAUUUUGGCAUCUCUCAGUACUUUCCAACAGAUGUGGAUUGCAAAGGCAGAAUAUGAUGAAUCUGGACCGUCAAUUGUUCACAGGAAAUGCUUCUAAUCACAAAGAUUAAAAGGUGGACAAAUAACUAACACUACACACAUUUUGUAUUACAGAAAUAAAAGCUUCUAAUUAAGUGGCUACAAAAUCUUCUUGUCUAUUUAUUUUUAUUUUUUUAUUCUUGGUUUCUACUUUUGCUAUGAAAAUCUUUCAUUGAUCAUAUUUAUUUCUCUGUCGUCAUCUUUUACUAUAUUGGAAAAUUAAGCACGGCGUUUGUAAAUUUUUACUAAGAUUUAUCUUUUUUUUUACAUAGAUAAAGUUGUAUAUUGUACAGUACUCAUCUGCUUAGCAAAUUUUUUUUAUCACAUACUUAUUUGAGUUCUGAA